AUGGAAAAUCUUUCUAAAAGUGAAUUUGUUACCUUGGAUAUAUCUGGCAAAAGCUACUUGUCUUGGGUUCUUGAUGCGAUGAGUCUGGCAGACACCAUCAAAGAUAAAAAAUAUGACCACCUGAAUAUGGUUGUGUUUCCACAAGCACGUUUUGACUGGAUCCAUAUGAGGCUACAAGAUUUUAAAUCUAUUUGUGAGUAUAAUUCUUCCAUGUUUAGAAUUAUUUCUCAGUUGAAAUUAUGUGGUGAAAAUAUCACUGAUCAUAAUAUGUUGGAGAAAACAUUCUCCACUUCUCCUGCCUCAAGUAUGCUCCUGCAACAGCAAUACAAAGAAAUGAGGUUGAAGAAAUAUUCUGAAUUAAUUUCACAUCUUCUAGUGGCUGAACAACACAACGAACUAUUAAUGAAAAAUCAUGAAAAUCGAUCUACUGGUAUUGUCCCAUUCCCUAAAGUGAAUGAGGCAAACUUUUACCAUACUAGGCGUGGAAAAGGUCGUGGCCCCAGUCGUGGUCAUGGCCAUGGUCGAGGAAGAAAUUUUAAUCAUGAUUGUUGUCUUGCACCAAAUAAUAGACUUCACCACCAACAGUGUAAAAAGAAGGAUGAAAAGCAUGAAGCUGUGCAGAAGAAAAAAACACCAAAUAAAUGCUACCGAUGUGAAGGAAAGGGGCACUAG